ACUCAUGGUGUUUGAGUCGAGAUUUUUGUUGGUCUUCAGAAAAAAAACACACAUUAAAACCAAAUUUCCUCCUCCCACAAGGAAAUCCUCAUAAUAACAAAUUCUGAUCGGGUUUCUACACUUUCAGUUGUACUUAUGGUUAAGAUCUAAACCAUGAGCUUCCAGGGAGACGACAGAAGUGAUAGAGAAACGGUUAACACUCCGUCUUCCGUAGUGAAAAACACAUCAACGGACAACGAUAAAACAGGGUUAGAAAAGACUAAAGUCCUUCCAAACCAAUCUACAGCCCAAACAAACGAGGGACCGUCGCAGCCGCAGCAGCAACAGCAGCGACAGAGCAUGGACGUGCCAAAUAUGAAGACAAGUAAGCCUCAGCCUAAUCGACCAAUAGCUCCAGCAGCAGCAUCAAAUGUAAUGCCCAUUGGACCGCCGUUAAAUACAGGAUACAUGCAUAUGCCUGCAUUUGGUUACCCCCAAAUGAUGAACCCCCAUAUGAUUGGAAGACCAAUGCAACUGCAGGCACCUCAGCAAUAUUCGCAUGUACCAUUUGGGGCUUCUAGUGCAGCUAUUAGUGCUAGUGCUCACCCAAAAGGCAUAAGUCCAAGUCUCCGAGGAGCCUCAUUACCAACUGCAGCAAAGUUAUCAGGAAUGACAUCACAUCUUCAAGGACAGACUUUAACACUUCAGUCCAAAACACACCCAGCAGUUAGUACACCAACUACAUUGUCUCGGCCAUCAUCACCAGCAAUGCCUAUUCCAUCCACCAGUUCUGUUCCUUCUUUCCAACAACAGAGCACAGAGCAUAAACCAGUUGAGGUGAGGUCUCCAAUGAUGCCAGACCACCCAAGACGGACUUCCUCCCCUCACUGUCCAUCAUCAACAGUACAAAAUUCCAGUGCGGUCAUAACAAGUGUAAAGACCACCCUUCAUACACCUUCAGUACCCUCUCAUAAACCAGGACAACCCAUUAUGCUGCCCCACUUUGUUCAAGACCACAGCUCUCUUACAGCAUCUAGCUACCCACCACCGGCAGUAUCUAGCAGUAUGCAACCAGGUGGUAAUGGAACAGUAGUUAGUAUGGCUAUUAGUCAGCAUUUACCUAAACCUAUCCAGUCAGUGUCUGUUACAAUGGCACCCACUAUGGAUAAGAUGUACGCUUCACAUAUGAGUAUGAUUCCUGGUCGACCUGGAAUACCACAGCCUGAAGCAAUAGCUUCUCCAGAUAUUUCCAGGCUAAGCGGUAAGCAGAGUGGCCCAGCAUCCCCUGUAACUGUUCCACAGCACAGUGUUGUGAGUACAGUGCCAUCUUCAGCACAUGUCAUUGCUGCAAGUGCUGCUAUGCAACCAUCUACUGUUAUGGAUGCAAGAAUGGAAAGGCCUCAUCCAAGUGUGACAAUCACCAACACAAUGUUAACAAACCAGAUGGGGAUGUACCCCAGAUAUGUUUUCCCUGAAACAACAGGAUUCCCAUUUUCUCAUUCUGGAUUUCCCCCACCCAUCAUCAGACCAUUGCACACAGCAACUACCCCUGUGUCAUCAGGAAUGCACAUCCUUGAUCCCCAGGGGUACAUGGCCGUAGCUAAUAAUGCUCUCAGAACUUCUGUAGCAAUGAUGGACAGCACUGGAGGCCAAAGUAUUUACGGCAUGCCUGUUCCAAUGCAACAACCGUCUAACUUACAGAUGCCAAUCUCUUCAAGUAACCCUAAUGCUACUUCUCCACGUCCUAGUAUCCUGCGAAAGAGGCCAUCUGAAGGUAUCAGGAAACCAGCAGUUGUUCCAUAUAAUGAUGGCACCUCAGCCACACCAAGUGACCCAAAUGUCAGCCCAAGAUCAGACAGUACCCUCUCAGCACCUCAGUCAGGACAGAGCUCUCCCAAACCACCAAGUGAUUCUGGGUCUCAACCAAGCGAACCACCACAACAACAACAACAACCACCCGUAGUGAUGCCCAUCCCCACAACAUCAAAAGUAGAGCCGCCCGUGACUGUACAAAAUGUUCCUGAGCCUCCAGUGCAGAUAAAGAAAGAGCAGAAUGAAAUAGCUGACGUAACAACAACAGGUACCACCGUAACAUCCAGUAUGGCUGUUGCGACAACCAGUAGCAGUACUGCUGAGAAACCUGCAGCUGUGUCCGUAGCUUUACCUGAUGGGGCUUCACCAAGGAAAAAGCCGAGAAAACAGAAUGUUGUGGUGACAGAGGACAAAUAUGGCAGUAGCGUUCCAUUAGAAGAAGGGUCAUCUGAUGAAGAAGAGAAAAAACCAAAACCGCAACCAGAAGAUACAGUCAUGGACGAUGACUUAAAGUUCAUUCUCCUUAAGCGUCCCAAGAUCUCAAUAUAUGGUGGCUACAAAGUCAACACUAAAGCAGCUCACAAUCACUUCCUUAGGUAUUCUGACAUCAAAAUCAAAGAAGAACGAAAGCCCACCUUACAAGACAUAGCCAACCAGAAGAACAUCCUUCAUCGUGUUAGUGGCUGGCGGAUACACCAUGUGGCCGCACAGAUGGAUGAUCUAAACUCAAUAGAACAAGAAGUCCUUUCAAAGCUCUUUGAAUUCCGCGAAAACCUGCCCAAGCCGAGACCAGGACAGAAAUCAAAGUACCAUGAUGAACUUGUAAUGCUGGAUGAACUUGUUCAGGGUAACAUUCAGCGAUCCCAGCUAGUUACCGAACAGCUUGCUGACAUAAGAAAAGUAAUGGUCAAGGCAUUAGAUCAUCGGCCGCGGUGUGUGGAGGUACUACAGAAAUACAUAAACAAAAGAAAUCCCAAGAAAAAGAGUUGAGAAGACUCUGUGUUAGUCAGUGAUACAAGAUGUAAAUAUAUACUAAAUCGAAGUGUCCUUAUGUACACCUCGAGCUAAGGAACGUAGUUCACCUUCAAUCAAAGAGAAACCAAUUACCAAUCAGUAGUCAUGUGUUAGAGUAAUAGAAGACAAAGCAACACAAAACUCAGUCAUCAACUUUCACCAUAGCUCGUGUUUAGACAAGCAAGCAACACCUUUCUGAUGUGUGUUGAUUAAAAAAAUAUAUAAUAACU